UUUGGGCAAAACUGAUCGGCGUGGCAAGAAAGGCAACAACUGGGCAAACACGCAUCAGUUCUACAUUGGGGAGUGGGACAUGAGGUUCGAAAGGUUCCAAGCUGCCCAGUAUGCCGCAUCGAUGUCCAUGGAUAUCCCCAUGAACCCGGGGUAUAUGGCGUGGUAUAACAGGAUUACCGUGACGUACAUGACUCAGCCGGGGACACGGGCCACUACUGGGAUGAACGAGUCGGCUGCUUCGAUGAGACUAUUUGUUGAGGGGUUUCAGCAGGUUUUCCAUUUAACUACGGAAGACGAAAUGGACCCACGAGUGCGCCAGAUUCGGGAAAUUGUUAAGAAUGUCCUCGAAUCUACGAACAACACGGAUGUCAUGGAGUACCCCGCUUCUCAACAUCAGGAUGUGGUCAUGCCUUAUGAACCAGAAGUAGUUCCACGGCGUCGUGGAGUGCCUGGUGUUCGGACUGGGGGACACGGCUACACAAAGCAGUUCAGGAUGUCCCAGCCGGUGCCCGAUUAUGUAGCACCAGAGACGCAGUAUCAAGUUCAUGACCCACCCCAGUGGUAUUCAUACCCGGCGCAUGAGUCACAGUCACAGUGGGAGCGUCCCCAGUAUUCUCCUAGCCAGCCUGAGCCCGAUUGGCAUCGUCGCCCAUAUUCACAAAGCCAGGACGCGCCGCAAUGGAGUGGGGCCCGAGCCUCGGUCGAUUCAUUCUUCCAGAAUUAUCAGGUAGUGCCUCCUGUACAAGCUGAAGAAGAGGAUGAUGAUGAAGGAGUAGAAGAAGAUGACAACAUUGUCGAGGCACAUGAGGAAGAAGACGUUCAGAGCAUCGGUAUCCAACCUCGACCUGCUGCAGAGGGUUCAUCACGAGGCGGGGUUGGGAAGCUCGUGAGCAAAGUGUACAAGAGGUUGUCCUCCAGGAAGAAUAAGGGAGUUGAACCGUCAAAAUAUACUCCAUCAGCGUAUAAGUAGCAAUUUUUCAGGAAGUCGGGCAGUGAAGAAUGAGGGUGGAAUUGUCCCAGGCAUGAUGGUGGAGUUGCUCGAAUUGAUGUAACUGAUUGUGCAUUUGUUGCAUAUAACAUGAUAUUUGGAUAUGUAUGUUAUGGUUUGGUG